GCGUAGUCGCGUCUGGAGCAACGCCAGGACCUCAACUCGCUCUCGACAGCAGCGAACCUGCGGCUGCAGCGGAGGCUGCAGGCGAGGAGGAUAAAGUCGAAGAGUCGGCGUCCUAAGGGUGGGAAAACAUGCCGGCGACUGCCUUCGAGAAAGAAUCGUCAUCGUGUUUUAACGACAUCGUUCAUGUAUUUGCUUCCUUUGAUACCCUUUCAUCCUGGCGGCCUUGUACGUGUUCCCUCACCAAAUCGCAAGCAUCCGUGCUCUUGUCUGGAUCUCAAAUGUUACUACUAACCAUGUUUCAUAUUCUGACUGGCUUGUUACGCCCCACCAAUCAUUCUCUACUUCACGAUCACGUCUAUUGCCGCGAUAUACUUUACCGUCUGACCUGUUUGAUCUGGUUGACCUUCUACUCCACGCCCUUUGCUUGUCUUAUUCGGACCCUCGUAGGUUCAGUCCUUACCUACUUAAUAUGCAGUCUUGCAUGCUGGAAGUGUUAUCUCUUUUCUCGUCCGUCCACCUCAAGGCGAGGGCUCGAUCGAAGCCAAUAAAUCUCUACUGACCCCUCGAGUGGAGUAAUCGUGAGCAGGGUAUACGGGUAUGGGAACGCCCA